AUGUCGUCCCACGAUGGCACGCGCUCCAUGCGCCAGUCGAAACGGUACUCCGUGACCGCCCUCUACCUGUCCAUGUCCGCGAAGGAGAAGGAUUUGGAAAUUGAAGACGAUCUUGCAAGAGCCCAGAAAGCAUUGCGGGAACUCAAGUCAAGGAUAUCUUCGCAAUCGAAGAAGAACUUCGUUCUCGAAAAGGACGUGAGGUAUCUAGACUCUCGUAUUGCGUUGUUGAUUCAAAACCGCAUGGCUCUGGAGGAGCAAAACGAAGUUGCUAGCCACCUCGACGAUUCGACCGAGUUGCAGGAGGGUUUCUUUCCGAACGAUGAGAAGACCCAAAAGUACGGAAAUCUGUUGUUUCUCCUCCAGUCCGAGCCUCGCCACAUCGCACAUCUGUGUAGACUCGUUUCCAUGGCCGAAAUCGAUUCGCUUCUCCAGACGGUUAUGUUCACGAUCUAUGGAAACCAGUACGAAAGCAGAGAAGAGCAUCUUCUGCUCACUAUGUUCCAGUCCGUCCUUACCCACCAGUUUGAACAUACCCAAGAUUACUCGUCCCUCCUGCGAGCGAACACCCCGGUUUCCAGAAUGAUGACCACGUACACUCGGAGAGGUCCCGGUCAAAGCUACCUCAAAGUUGUCCUCGCAGAGCGCAUCAACUCCCUCAUUGAGUUGAGAGAUCUUGAUCUGGAGAUCAACCCUCUCAAGGUUUAUGAAAAGAUGAUCCAAGAAAUCGAGGACAGCGAGGGCAACCUUCCUGCGCAUCUCCCCCGGGGUGUCACGGCAGAGCAGGCGGCGGAGAAUGAGACCGUUCAGCAAAUCAUUGCACCCCGGUUGACCAUGUUGAUGGAAAUUGCCAACUCAUUCCUUACCACAAUCAUUGAAGGGCUCGACGAGACUCCCUACGGAAUCCGGUGGAUUUGCAAGCAGAUUCGCAGUCUGUCAAAACGAAAGUACCCGGAUGCUUCAGACCACACGAUUUGCACACUGAUCGGCGGCUUCUUUUUCCUCCGUUUCAUCAACCCGGCCAUUGUUACUCCGAGGUCCUACAUGUUGAUCGACGCCACGCCGGCAGAAAACCCGAAGCGCACGCUUACGUAUAUUGCAAAGAUGCUCCAGAAUCUGGCCAACAAGCCUUCCUACGCCAAGGAGCCGUACAUGGUCAAACUGGCACCGUUUCUUCAGCAGAACAAGGAGCGUAUCAACAAGUUCAUGCUGGAUCUUUGUGAAGUUCAGGAUUUCUACGAGAGCUUGGAAAUGGAUAACUACGUGGCGCUGUCAAAGAAAGAUCUCGAGUUGUCUAUUACUUUGAACGAAGUCUACGCAACGCACUCUCUGCUUGAGCGUCACGCUAUAGAGCUAACCAAAGACGAGAAUUCCCACCUGGCGGUCUUGCUACAGGAACUUGGAGCAGCACCAGCUCAGCUUCCUAGAAAAGAAAACAGAGCCAUCAACCUGCCGCUGUUUAGCAAGUGGGAGACACCCAUCGAUGAUCUCACGGCUGCUCUCGAUAUCACCCAAGAUGAGGUCUAUUUCAUGGAAGCCAAGUCUACUUUCGUGAUGAUCCUGCGGUCCCUUCCUCAGAACACUUCCAUCACCCGCAGGCCACUUCGUCUAGACCGGAUAGCAGAAGCCGCAGCAACAACGAAGAAUGACUCAGUCAUGGUCAAGAAGGGAAUCCGUGCCAUGGAGCUGCUCAACCAGUUACAAGAGACUGGUGUUAUCGACAAAGAGGAUGGAUUCGCGCUUCUGCGUGACGAGAUCGAACAGGAAUUGGUGCAUCUUGGCUCGCUGAAGGACAAGGUGUUGGAGGAGACACGGAAGUUGGAAGAAGUCUUCAAGACAAUCCGCGACCACAACGCGUACUUGGUGGGCCAACUGGAGACAUACAAGUCUUACUUGCACAAUGUUCGAAGCCAGUCCGAGGGCAAGUCGCGGAAGCAGCAGAAGCAUCAGGUGCUUGGCCCGUACAAAUUCACACACCAGCAGUUGGAGAAGGAGGGGGUCAUUCAAAAGAGCAACGUUCCGGAAAACAGAAGGGCCAACAUUUAUUUCAACUUCACCAGCCCGCUGCCUGGUACCUUCGUCAUUUCCCUGCACUACAAGGGGCGCAACCGAGGUCUGCUGGAACUCGACCUCAAGCUUGACGAUCUUUUGGAGAUGCAGAAGGACAACCAAGAAGACCUCGAUCUGGAGUACGUGCAGUUCAACGUUACAAAGGUGCUGACGCUGCUCAACAAGCGCUUCGCGCGGAAGAACAAGGGCUGGUAA